AUGCCCCAGGGAAGGCGCAAAGUUGCAUUCAGUGGAAAGCAGAAGAAACAACAGCUGCUAGCGAAAAAACAAGCGAAAAGUAGCACAUCGCACAAUUUAAUCCGUAACCUAAAAGAUGAGGAAUCGAGCGAUAUCAGCGAGGACAGCGAUAUGCCUCGAACGUUCGGUGAAAACAUUGAAAAGAUCAACAUGCAACCGUUGCGGGAUCCGCGCAGCAAAACGAACCGGUACGUGCUACAGUUCCAUCGGGAGACGCCUAAAGAGCUGCGAGAAUUGAAGGAGGAAGCUCGGAAGGGGUUGGAGCAUCGGAGCGAGAAGGAAAUGGAGCUCGGGGACAAUUAUUUUCAGCAGUAUGAUUUUCCCACCCGACCAAAGUGGUGCUACGAGAUGUCGAAGGAGCAGUUGGAUGGGAAUGAGAAUCGAUACUUCUUUAAAUACGUUACAAAACUGGAGAAAGAUCAUUACGAUGAUAUGAAAUCGCUAAGCUUCUGUGAGUUGAAUCUGGAAACGUGGCGCCAGUUGUGGCGUGUGCUCGAGCUUUCGGACAUAGUUUUAAUCAUUGUGGAUGCUCGUUUUCCUACACUUAUGUUUCCUCCAUCACUGUACAAGUACGUGACGGAAGAGCUUGGCAAAGGUAUGAUGUUGGUUAUCAACAAAAUAGACCUGGUAGAAGCCGAAGCGGUGCUAGCCUGGAAGCAGUACUUCGAGCAAAAGUAUCCACAAAUCAAAGUGGUCCUAUUCACGUCCUAUCCAUCGUACAAUUUGCGCGGCAAGCAGGAAAGCAAGUUUGGAUUAAAAAUUCGCCGUCGCCGUGGUCGCAUGCGUAUGGCGGCUGAAGGAGCACAGCAGAUCUACGACGUUUGCCGCAAAUACGUCGGGGAUGAGGUUGAUUUGGGUUCUUGGGAGCAAAAGAUCUUGGAAGAACGGAACGCUCCGAUGGACGUGGAUGGGGACGACGAUGAGAAGGUAAUAUCCGAGAGGACUCACGAAGAGGAGAAAGAUUUCGCCUUUGAAGAACCCGUCAAGUUUAGAAACGGAGUACUCACGAUUGGUUGCGUUGGGUUUCCGAAUGUCGGAAAAUCUUCCCUCUUGAACGCUGUCAUGGGCCGGAAGGUGGUGAGCGUUAGCCGUACACCAGGGCACACGAAACACUUUCAAACGAUUUUUCUCACCAAUACCGUCCGACUGUGCGAUUGUCCCGGUUUGGUGUUUCCUUCUUCGACACCUCGACGAUUGCAAGUACUGAUGGGAAGCUACCCAAUCGCACAACUACGCGAACCGUACGGAUCGAUCCGGUUUCUUGCCGAACGGCUCGAUUUGGUGCAACUGCUUGCGCUGAAGCAUCCAGAAAAUGAUAACGACGAAUGGUCACCGAUUGAUAUCUGUGAUGCUUGGGCAAUCAAGCGAGGCUUUCUAACGGCAAAAGCUGCACGUCCCGACACCUACCGGGCUGCGAACAGUAUUCUCCGGAUGGCAUUGGAUGGUAAAAUUACGCUCUCUCUCAAACCUAUCGGAUAUCAUGCAGUGAAGGAAAAGCUUACCACUGAUCCGGGAAUAGCAAGGGUGAAAGAAAUUCAAGCGAUUGUCGAGAACGAUGGUAACGAGGAUGAGGACGAUUUCUUUUCGGAUACGGACACGGAAGAUGUGGCUGGGGUUAGCAAUGACGGGGACAAUGAGGAAGAUGAGGAUGCAAAUAGUACGCUUUCUCCACCGGCAAGUUCCAGCAGUGUAAAUCCGUUUGAUCUACUCGGCAGUCCUGAGUAGGUGAUAAAAUGUCCGGAGAUAUUACUCUCAAAUUGUAUAAAUCCUGUUUUAAAUCUUAAUGGUUCGAUUUCAAUAAAUGCGUUCAAGUUACCUA